CUGUACAACCGACCAAUCGAGCUUGGUUUUUACUUCCUUUUCCGAUGACAGAGAUGUAAACAUGGCGUCAGGGAAAAAACAUCACCGAAGUCGAGAGAGUCAUUUUAUAUACGACCUUCCAUAUAGUAUCACUCGACAAAUAUGUUGUAAUCUAGAUGUGGAUAAAGCAUGGGAAAAAUUAGCUUCAGAGAUAGGAUACACCAUUCAGGAUGUAAGAAUUUUUGAGAUGGCUUUCCAGCACCCUAAUGGUAGUCCAUGUAGAGAAGUGCUGAGUGACUGGGGAUCGAAGAAUGCCACGGCCAGGGACCUGUUCCUCAUAUUACAGAGGAUAGGGAGGAGGAGAGAGAUGCAGCUUCUAGAGUCAUACUUUAACUGUGAGAGUAAACCAAACAAGGUUCCAUUCCAAAGUCACGACGAAUCCCUCUGUAACGGGACGGACACGCCCUCCAUGAUCAUCAGGGCCCUGGAUAAUACCAACCUCCCAGCCCCUCCAAGUAAAAGUAGCACAAAGGUAAGCAGUGGGGCGUGGAGUACGUCAUCCAUGAAUGGUUCCACUUCCAUGUCAGACAAGAACGUCAAUCUGAACACUCCAGAGAACCCAAAAGACAAAGCCACAAAGAAACAUGCAGAGUACAAGGCUAUACCAUCACUGACAGAUGAGAGGUUCUACCCUCAGAAGAAACACGACUACCUGGGAAUCGUGAAAGAGACAUCAGGACUAUCUAGCACUUCCUCCUCUUGUUGUGUGGGGAAGUCAAUGUCUUCUGUCAAGGUGGACAAGUGUGAGAUGGGCGGCCCUGCUCAGGGGAAAGGGGAUCUGGGGGAGAAGUCCCUGGAGUCCAGCUGGAUGGAGACUCUCAAAAAUAAAGAUGGCUACUCCUCUCUAGCUAAGGAGGGAAGAUGUGACUUUGAUGUAGCUGUGGCCUUGGUGGGAACUCAGAGUUUCACCAACAAGGAAUUGAACCAUGCCACUAAUGGAUUCAGUGAGGAAUACAAGAUAGGAGAGGGGGCAUUUGGGGAGGUGUUUAGGGGAUUCCUGAAAAGAACCUCCUGUGCAAUCAAGAGACUGUUUCCAAAACAGGAUGAAAGCUUGAAUUAUCAGGAGCAUUUGACAUCAGAACUGAAAUCACUCAUCAAAUACAGACAUGAAAACAUAGUCCCUCUCUAUGGUUACACACUGGAGGAGGGGGAGACCUGUCUAGUAUACCAGUACAUGCAGAGUGGCUCUCUGGAUGACCGUCUGAAGUGUAAGAAUAAUACCCAGCCAUUGACUUGGACCCAGAGGAUAGAUAUUAUGAAGGGGGCAGCUUGUGGAUUACAGUAUCUACAUACACUGGACCAGAAACCUCUCAUCCAUGGAGACAUUAAAUGUUCAAACAUUCUAUUGGACAAACACAUGGAAGCCAAAAUAGGAGACCUUGGAUUGGCUAAGCAUGCGACAGGUGGGAGUGGCCAAUCGGGAAAAUUGACACAUAUCACCAAGAAACAGACAGGCACAAAACAGUACCAGACCAAGGCAUACCUCCCACCAGAGGUUAUAAGAGGGAAUGCCAUGUCAAUAAAAGGGGACACCUUCUCUUUUGGGGUUGUAAUGUUGGAGGUUUUCACUGGAGAGGCAGCUUAUGAUGAUAAGAGGGAAGGGGGUCAGUUUCUGAAGGACUACAUAAAGGACUUUAGUGAUAGUGAGGAGAAAUGCAUGGAACUGAGGGACAGGAGGGCUGGAUUCGUCGCAGAUGAUGUAGCCAAACAUUUCUUCGGAACUGCCAUGAGGUGUACAUCUCAACUUAAGAGGGAGAGGCCAGAUAUGGUUCAGGUCCAUACAGAAUUGAGUGAAAUGGAGGCAGCUCUCAGUCAGAAAUACACUACAAAAUGCCAAGAAAAUGUGGAGAUGUACAGUGGAUGCCCUCCAUUUGGACCCAUUUCAGAUCAGGGAGAUACCAGAAUGGACGAAUUCUCCUACACAAGCAAUGGAUACCACCAACCUGGUCUGAUGGCAGUGCCACAACAACCUGCCUCAAUAAUCUCUCAGCAAGGCUUCCCAGCGGGCAUGCAUCAGCAGGUGUAUAUGACAGGUAUGCCUCCACAAGGCUUUAUAUACCAGCAAGCCUUUGUAGGGGGCAUGGCAGGUCAGCCCAUAACAGAAGCCAUGAGGUUACAGAUGGGCUAUGAUUCUGGACUAAAAUCAGAGGAAAUACCUGGGUAUUUGAAUGCACAUCCUACUUAUGAAUCUGAUCCACAAAAAUUGCAGGACUUGGAAUCUGAAUAUCCAUCAGAUCCCCAGAAACUUCAGAAGUUAGAGGAGGAAGAAAUACAGCAGCCAGAUUCAUUGACCUCCCAUGAGAUGCCAACACUGGGCCAUGGAGAUAUUUAUCAAUCAGACAUGCAUAAACUAGAGGAAAUACAAGCAUUUGAGGAAAGUUUACUCAUUCCAUCUGAGGCACAACCUGCACAAAUAGUGCAGCAAGAGUGUGUGAGUGCAGAGCCAUCUAGUGAUGUUGAUCCUGCAGAAGUGGAGAUAACUGUUUCUGGCAUACAGGAAAUGACACUCACUGAUACCUCUGUUCAAGAAUACAGUGAAUCUGUCAUUGUCAUACAAAAUCCGUCUGAAUCUGAAAUCACACCUGAAAACGUUGAGGAAAUUAAUGAUCUUCCAGGGGGAAAUCAGGAGAGAUUGGCACAGGAAAUAGCAGCUGUCGGCAAGAAGUCUUUUGGUGUUAUGUCACUCUUUGAGAAAUACAAGGAGGCGCUAGAAAUGGAGGGAGAAGAAGAUGAAGAAUAUGACACUGGAGAAUCAGUGGAGUAUGAGGAGGAAUUGGUUAAUGGAGUUGAGGAGGAAGUUGAAGAUGGUUAUUAUGGACAACAAGAUGAAGAAGAAGAGGAUGACGAUACCCUUGUAGAGGAGGUUGAUGAAGAAGAAAGUGAUCUGGUGACACCUGAAGCACCAUCAGUUUCAGAAGUUCCACAUCAUCAGACACCCAGCAUUGUCCAUUAUACUCCCUCCAGUCCAACAGAAACCACAGAAGAGGACUGUGGAGAAAAUGAUUCCAAGCUCUUUGCAGACGACAGUGGGACUCUAGACUCUGACAUUCUCACACAAGAUUAUCAAACACACUCUACAUCUCAUUUGGUUUCUGACGAUUUUGUGUCAGAUUCACAGCUUUUCCCAGAACAAGAAACAUCCAACUCCAGGUUAUUUAGUGAGAAACGCAAUUCGAACUCGUGCAUAUUUACCCAGAAAAGUAAAUGUGUGAUUUCAGGUGGUGCCACUGCAACAGACAUCAAAGACAGUAGAAAUAACUCAGCAAUCUCAAUAGCUGGAACAGGAAAGGACGUAAAACUGCAGCAAGUCUCUCCACCUCCCCAUUGGCAAAAACAGCGACUGGAGCCCAGUGAAGGAGAAUGUUUUGUGUAGCUAUAAUGGUCAUGUUAUAUGAUUUAUAAUCCAAUACGUUGUCAAAAACUGCGAUUAAUCUUGAUCUGAUAUGAUUGAUCUGCUUGCAAUGUAAUAAUCAUCCCUGUAAAGUAUA